AUGCCUAUCAAUAAUCCUAUGAUCGAUUGUUAUAAGUCAAAUGGUCAGGAUUUCAAUAUGGAGCAUAAGCUAUCAAGUACUGUUUACGACUCUCAGUCACAUAUUUUCGAUCUGCUCACUGCGCGAGAAUUAUAUCCCCAUCGUUCACAGUAUACAAAGGCCAUCCAUUCAGAUCCAUAUACUGUAAAGAGGCUUAAAUCUUUUGACAGUUUAAAAGGUCAUGAAGGUUGCGUUAACACCGUCGUAUGGAAUAGCACUGGUGAUCUCAUAUUAUCUGGCUCAGAUGACUGUCAUCUAAAUAUAUGGUCUCCAUUUGAUAAACCUGACGCUCCUCUUAUCCAUUCAGUCCAAUCCGGUCAUAGUGCAAACAUCUUUUCUGCUCGUUUCAUGUCUCAUACAGAUGAUCGUCAUAUAGUUUCUUGCUCUGCCGAUGGAAUAGUCAUGUUCACUGAUUUAAGUGAUUAUUUGGCUAAAUCUCCUUCUCACAGUUGGCAUCCUUUACCUGCUUUUCGUUGUCAUGAUGGAAUGGCAUUCGAAGUCAUGCCUGAUCCCGUUGAUCCACAUAUAUUUUUCUCUUGUGCCGAAGACGGUCUCAUCAACAGAUACGAUCUCCGCAUCUCUACUUCGUGCUUUUGCCACCAUUGCAAACGUCAUUUAUUUCUUGAUUUAAACCCCGUGCGUCGUCAACCUCGCAAAUCUCAAAAUAAUUUUCAAGGUAGAAGAGGUACUCAUCAAUCCACUGAUUCUGAUGAUCCUCGUUCUCAUAGCGAACCUGAAUCUGAACAAUUUUCUGAACGAAGACGUCGUGCUUUUUCCUUCCGUUCUGCAAAAGAUAUGAGCGUUACUGCUAUUUCAAUUAGACCUGAUAAUCCUAUUUAUUUUGCCGCUGCUUGUGGUGAUGAUACUGUCCGUAUAUAUGAUCAACGUUUUGUUAGAACUCCUUCUUCCGGUUCCGAUACUCCUUAUCAUAGGGAAGGUCAAGUUUAUCAAUUUAUUCCUACAAAAAUGCGUCAAAAACAACAGGAAGAUCAAUAUCAUCGUCAUAGAAUGACUAGUAUGAAAUUUGAUCCAAAUGGUGGUGGUGAUUUAUGUAUCAGUUAUAGUGGUGAAAAAGUAUAUUUGAUUAGGCCUGGUAGCGGUUUCAAUGACAAAAAGGGCAAUCCUCGAAAUGGAGGUUUUAAAAUAUCAAAAAAGCCAAAAAGAAAUAAAGUCAUUGAUUCUGAACUUGUUGAUAAUAAGCCUAAAGAUGUUGUUAAUGAUAAUAAUAGUAUUGAUUUAAAAAAUGUUAAAAUGGAUGUUGAUAGUUCUAUACCUGAAUCUAGCGAUAAUGAUAAAAGUGACUCGACUCAAUCAUCAUAUGAUGCUUCGUCAAUACCUGAAAUCAAAGAAGCUUAUUUCUUUGGCGCCAAUUCUGAAUAUAUUAUGUCUGGCUCGGAUGACGGUCGAAUAUUUAUAUGGGAUCGAUAUACCGGCAAAGUUGUUAACCUGUUGGAGGGUGAUACGAAAGUUGUUAAUUGUGUUCAACCUCAUCCUUUCUUUCCCAUAUUAUGCACUUCUGGGAUUGAUAAUGACGUAAAAGUUUGGUUCCCUAAAUGUGAUGAACAUGAUAUUUCUAAUGCUGCUGACAUUAUACAACGAAAUGAGUUAGAAGCGAGUAGCGAAAGUGGUAGUCUUGGCAGUUGGGGUGGUCGAGUUGUGGUUAUACCUGCCAGCCAGGUUAUGGUUAUGCAAUUAUUAG